UGGAAGCGCCCUAAGCUACACACGUCCUACAGGGCUGGAGGGAUUCUGAAUCGUUAGAUACCGCAUAAGGGGGCCCAGGACGCUACCCUUCCAGGGCUUUGAUGAUAUACAACGUGAACGAGACCUGCCCAGUCCUCUUCUCGCGGCAUCCUGAUCCGGGUCUUGUCCUGUGCCUGUGCGGCGCUCUCCUCUGCUGCGUGCUGGGCCCCGGGCUCUGGCUUAUCACCAUGCGCCCCGCGGCCUGGGGCGAGGGGCCCCGCGAGGCGGUCUGGGGGGUUCUGAACCGGCCAUACGAGGAGAGGCGCCAGUUCUGGGAGGUCGUGAUGCUGGCGCGAAGGAUGUUGCUGGCAGCGGUCGCGGUCCUGUGCCCGAUGUCCUAUUCACCAAACGCGCAUCUGAAGGCGGUGCUCAUGAUCAACGUUGCGGCGUUGGGUGCGCACGCGAAGGCGUGGCCCUACAAGAAGAAGAUUACAGAGGGCAUGCCGAAGUAUCUCAACAUCAACAACAUCGAGCUCCUCUCGCUCUUGACGUGCUGCGCCUCCACCAUCCUGGCGUCCUACCUCCUCGAGGACGCUUGGACCCACGAGGAGUCCCUGGACCUCGCGGUGAUGGGCUCGUCCAUCGUUCUCAUCCUGGCCUUCUCCACGCUGCUGGUCGGCCUGCUCCUCUACACGGGGGCCAACAAGCUGCGGGCGUAGGCGCUGCCAGGAGGAGAAGGACGAGGAGGAGGAGGAGGAAGAGGAAGAGGAGGAGGAGGAGGAGGUGCCUCCCCGGGAGCGCCCCAGCGAGCCGCCGACGCAAGACCGAGCGCCUCGGCCGGGCGCCUGCUAGGGCCGGGCGCCUCGCCCAGGCGCAGGCCCCACGCCUUCCUCGCGGGUGGCCCCGAACAGAGCGGGGAUGAGUAGGAGGGUGAUGCACCUGCUGGCCUAGCCCUGUGCUCGCGAGACACCAAUUCGACGGUGCGCCGCGUCUCUGCCAAGCACUCCGAGACUGAGCGCCAUGGCCGAUCGCCUGCCAUGGCCGGGUGCCUUGCCCGGGCGCGGGCCCCCCGCCUUUCCUCGCUCGCGGGGGGCCCUGCAGAGCGAGGGAGGGCGGAGGAGAUUUCUUUGAGGGGGGGGGUGAUGCACCUGCUGGCCCAGCUCUGUGCUCGCGAGACAGUGGCGCCUUCUUCCGAACGCACCGAUUUGACGGCGCGCCACGUCUCUAUUGCGAAGACCUUGCGGCCAGUUCCGCCGACGCUGGAAUCUCGCACCCAGGACGGACGAGGUGGGUGGUGAUGGUGAUUAUGGCCCAGGCGGGGGAGGACAACAACUUUUCCCAGAGGGGGGAUGCUUCGCCAAGGCGCCCGUGGGGCGAGGCGCACACC